GCACAAACCUUUAUGGAAAUUUCGCGCCAACACUAUGCCAUUUCUUCAUUUUUAAACCGCUUUACAACACUGUCUUUACACUGAACAUACUUCAUCGGCCGGCACUGAAAGUUUGACAUUUGGUGAGAGUGUAAACGACUUGUGUUUAUGUGAAGCAUUUUAUUCUGCUGGCCAAUUGUGUUGCUGCUUGAUUUAAUUUUUAAUAAAUAAUAAAAAGGAAGUCUAAAAUACAUAAUAAAAGUUAGAGGCACAUUGAAGAGACACCACAAUGGAUUCGGAUCUUUAUGAUGAGUUUGGUAAUUACAUUGGUCCCGACUUGGACAGUGACGAGGAUGAUGACCAAAGUAUUUAUGGUCAGCAGGAUAAUCAAGAUGAACGUGAUGAUGAGGCCAUGGAAGAGGAGGAAGAUCAAAACGAAGAUGAAGACAAAGAGGUUACAGCAGUUGUCUUGCAUGAGGAUAAACGUUAUUAUCCCACAGCAGUUGAGGUCUAUGGUCCCGAUGUUGAGACAAUAGUCCAGGAGGAAGAUGCCCAGCCAUUGGAUAAACCUCUCAUCGAACCUGUCAAGAAGUUAAAAUUUCAAAUUAAAGAACAAGAAUUACCCGAUACUACCUAUAAUAUGGAAUUCAUGGCUGAUUUAAUGGACACACCACCGCUCAUACGUAAUGUGGCUUUAAUUGGUCAUUUACAUCAUGGCAAAACCACCUUUGUUGAUUGUCUUAUACGUCAGACACAUCCACAAUUUGAUUUGAAUGAAGAACGUUCGCUACGUUACACGGAUACACUUUUCACGGAACAAGAACGUGGUGUUAGUAUUAAAGCCACUCCGGUCACUGUUGUCUUGCAGGAUGUUAAAACGAAGAGUUAUUUAAUGAAUAUUUUCGAUACGCCUGGACAUGUAAACUUUUCCGAUGAAAUUACGGCCGCCAUGCGCUUAUGUGAUGGUGUUGUUGUCUUCGUUGAUGCUGCCGAAGGUGUUAUGCUUAACACUGAAAGGCUGCUGAAACAUGCAGUGCAAGAGAAAAUGGCCAUAACAGUUUGCAUUAAUAAGAUUGAUCGUCUGAUUUUGGAAUUGAAAUUACCUCCUCAAGAUGCAUAUUUCAAAUUGAAACACAUUGUGGAAGAAGUCAAUAGUUUGCUGAGUACAUACGGUAAUGCUGAAGAAACUCAACUGGUAUCACCCGUAUUGGGUAAUGUUUGUUUUGCCAGUUCCCUUUAUGGCAUAUGUUUCACAUUGAAAUCUUUUGCCAAACUAUAUGCUGAUACCUAUGAAGGUGUUAAUUAUGUGGAAUUCUCAAAACGAUUGUGGGGCGAUAUGUAUUUCCACAGCAAAUCACGUAAAUUCACCAAAAAGCCGCCACACAAUUCAGCACAACGUAGUUUUGUUGAAUUCAUCUUGGAGCCAAUGUAUAAACUAAUUGCCCAGGUUGUGGGAGAUGUUGACUCCACACUGUCGGAUACAUUGGCUGAAUUGAACAUACGUAUAACCAAGGAAGAGAUGAAAUCGAAUAUAAGACCUCUAUUGCGUUUGGUGUGCAAUCGAUUCCUUGGAGAUUUUAGCGGUUUUGUCAGUAUGUGUGUGGAGCACAUACCAUCUCCAUUGGAUAAUGCUAAGCGCAAGGUAGACCAUGUCUACACUGGUCCAAAGGAGGGAGACAUGUAUCGUGACAUGAUUCAAUGUAAUCAAACCGGUUCCCUUUUGGUGCACAGUGCCAAAAUGUAUCCAACCGAUGAUUGUACAUUCUUCCAGGUCAUGGCUCGGGUAAUUUCCGGUACCUUACAUGCCGGACAAGAAGUACGAGUGCUGGGUGAAAAUUAUACUCUACAAGAUGAAGAAGAUUCUCGAGUUUUGCAAGUUGGACGGCUAUGGGUAUACGAAGCACGCUACAAAGUAGAACUUAAUCGUGUUCCCGCCGGUAACUGGGUUCUAAUUGAGGGUAUCGAUCAAAGCAUUGUAAAAACUUCAACAAUUGUCGAUAUUAAUGCAGCCGAUGAUUUGUACAUUUUCCGGCCAUUGAAAUUUAAUACUCAAAGUAUUAUAAAAAUUGCCGUGGAACCUGUAAAUCCCUCAGAAUUACCCAAAAUGUUAGAUGGUCUGCGUAAAGUCAAUAAAUCGUAUCCUCUACUUUCAACGCGUGUCGAAGAAUCAGGAGAACAUGUUAUCUUGGGUACUGGCGAAUUGUAUUUGGAUUGUGUUAUGCAUGAUCUACGUAAAAUGUAUUCGGAAAUUGAUAUAAAAGUUGCCGAUCCAGUUGUGGCAUUUUGUGAGACAGUUGUUGAGACGAGUUCACUGAAAUGUUUUGCCGAAACGCCAAAUAAGAAAAAUAAAAUUACCAUGAUCGCGGAACCUUUAGAAAAGGGUUUGGCAGAAGACAUAGAGAACGAGGUGGUCUCAAUCAAUUGGAACAAAAAACGUAUUGGAGAAUUUUUCCAAGUGAACUAUGAUUGGGAUUUGUUGGCGGCACGUUCCAUAUGGGCGUUUGGUCCAGAUUCAACAGGUCCAAAUAUUUUAGUUGACGAUACAUUGCCCUCUGAGGUGGACAAGACACUGUUAACAUCCGUUAAGGAUUCCAUAGUUCAAGGUUUCCAAUGGGGUACAAGGGAAGGACCACUUUGUGAGGAGCCCAUACGCAAUGUGAAAUUUAAAAUUCUUGACGCGGUUAUUGCAAAUGAAGCUUUACAUCGGGGUGGUGGACAGGUCAUCCCUACAGCCAGAAGAGUAGCAUAUUCGGCAUUCCUUAUGGCCACACCCAGAUUAAUGGAACCGUAUUUGUUUGUAGAGGUACAAGCACCGGCAGAUUGCGUUUCAGCCGUAUAUACGGUUUUGGCUAGAAGAAGAGGUCACGUUACUCAAGAUGCCCCCGUUUCUGGUUCUCCACUUUACACAAUUAAAGCCUUCAUUCCCGCCAUUGAUUCAUUUGGUUUUGAAACGGAUUUACGUACUCACACACAAGGUCAAGCUUUUUGUCUUUCAGUCUUCCAUCAUUGGCAAAUUGUUCCUGGUGAUCCAUUGGAUAAAUCCAUUGUUAUACGACCAUUGGAACCCCAGCAGGCAUCACAUUUGGCACGUGAAUUUAUGAUUAAAACAAGACGACGUAAGGGUCUGUCCGAAGAUGUAUCGAUCAAUAAAUUCUUCGACGAUCCUAUGUUAUUGGAGCUGGCUCGACAGGAUGUAUUGCUCAAUUACCCACUGUAAAAUGAAAUAUUUUAGAUCUUAAAAUAAAAAAAUCCCUUUCGGAA